UAGAAAUGAGUUACCCUUGUUAGCGGUGGUAAGAGGAAAGAAAACGAAAUCCCCCACCCGUUGGUAUAUGCCUGGGCGCUCUCUCGUGGCUUCACCUCCUUGGGGCGCGCGCUUUCGAACGUCACAUCUAGUCGGCCCGUGGCAAACCAACGGACGGACGCAUAACCCGCCACUCAACACAACAACUCCAUCAUCUCCAUCAUCUCCAACUCGCCCCCAAAACAACUCCAUCAACGCGUGUGCACUUGUCAACAAACAGAUCAAAAAAUGUUUAAAAAAUCCGCGAACAUGUGUGUAGAGUAACCGUUAAUCUAUACGAGUCAAAACUCCCUCGAACUUUGACCUGCAGUCGUCAGAGAACUGACCGAUUAUCAACCGCCACGCAACGUUUAACCAGUAAAAUUGUGAAAAUAGAGACAUUCACCCGAGACUAUUCAGUUGUCAAUUAAAAACCCCCCAUAUCCCCUUUUUUCAAACCCUAAAACUCAUUACCCGAAUUCAGAGCAACUCUAAACGAGUGAACACCGAAAUAAAUAACAAUUAUUCACAAAGAGCCUCGAGAUCUAAAUCACCAAUCGAUUGAAUGGAUAAACUCCAGUCAUAAAAUCUCCGAAUUAUAAAUUGAGAUACUGAAAAGUAAAUUGUCGUCUUGAGGAGCGCGAAAAUACUGACGUGUCAGGUGAAGUUUAAAUUUAUAUGAACAAUAAAGGAAAAGGCGAGAGGGAUUUCACCAAGUGGAGGAAUAAAAAUUGAGGGAGAAGUUAGGGAGAAAGUGGAAAUAAGGUAAAGGGUAGAGGUUUAGCGCGGGCGUAAGGUAAAUCGGAUUAUAUGAUUUGAGUUUUUGUUUUGCUGGGAUGAGUCCAGUUUUUUUUUUAUCCUCGAAAGGGCUGAUUUUGUUAUGACUCAGUGGAAAGAGAGUGCAGUGCCUGUUGAUCUGGUUGAAAAGCUCUGCAGAGAUGAAGCUGCAUUUGGUGCUUCUUACUGUUGUUCCGAUUUUCUUUGUGGAGAGAAUCACGUGUCGUGUUUUACUGGGGAAUAAUGAGACGAUUGUCCAGGGGAGGAGGAGAUUUACCAUUGAGGAGUUAGUUAAUGGACAGUUUCCACAUUCUAUUACCGGGGAUCUCGAUCUCGAUGUCUGUAAAGCAGGUGGAUUUUUAGGAGAUAUCGCUUUACCAAAUGUUCAAUAUGAGACCGAAUGGCGCCAGCAAAAGUUGAACAAGAGUUAUUUAGAGGAACUGGAAAAAUACAGGGAUGAAGUGCUGAAAGAGGGGUUGCAGGUUGAAGAAGAAGGUUUAACAGAAAUUCUGCAGUUUAAAAAUGGCCCGGGCAGUGAGGAAUCGGGUCAGGAUGCUUUUUCAUCGAUGGACAAGCCCGUGUCGGUUGUGGAGGACAGAAACCAGUAUAAUAUGGGCAGCGAGCCAGGAGAAAUCCUGGACAGGGAUGAGAAGCAUCCGGAGAUCAAGGACGAUGGCAUUGAAUUUAGAUUGGAGGGGACUACUGAGGAUCCGAAAAAGUCGACCUUAAUAAAUUUGAUAACCACCGGAAAACCUGAAUGGGACUCACCAAGAAUUCAAGAGUCAACGAGAAUCCCCAGGACGAGACAUUCGCAUCGCCGCAGUGAAUUGACAACAAAAGAGCCGACGGAUUCACUUGUCGUUGGAACAACGACAGACAUUAGCUCGAGAAAACGUCAACGUCGGCACCAUCGCAGAAGAUUGACGAGGAGACGUCCUCAUCAACGUCGUCUGAAAUCCCCAUUCCCCAGGGACUCGGCACCGCAAAAUUCCGACUCAGACAUGAUUUCAUUGCACGACCGUCGAUUACGCGAUAUCGAAUUUUUCUUCGAGCACAAGUCAAAGCUGGAGACGCAUCAGAGACAUGGAGCGACUCGAAGUGGAGCUCCGAGUCGACGACGAAGAGCUGCUACAGCGAGAAAGGAGAGGGUUUGGGAUCACGGGGUAAUUCCCUACGAAAUCGAUGGAAAUUUUUCAGGUGCACAUAAAGCGCUGUUUAAACAAGCUAUGAGACACUGGGAGAACUUUACCUGUGUCAAAUUUGUCGAGAGAGUUAGCAGGGAGCAUCCCAACUAUAUUGUCUUCACUGAACGUCCUUGUGGUUGCUGUUCAUUCGUUGGCAAACGGGGAAACGGUCCUCAGGCGAUCAGUAUCGGUAAAAAUUGCGAUAAAUUUGGAAUAGUUGUCCACGAAUUGGGUCACGUAGUGGGUUUCUGGCACGAGCACACUCGUCCUGACCGCGAUCGUCACGUUCAAAUAAUCCGUGACAACAUUAUGACAGGUCAGGAGUAUAAUUUUAAUAAAUUAACGAACGAGGAGGUGGACUCACUGGGUCUGCCGUACGAUUACGACUCCAUAAUGCAUUACGCCAAAAACACAUUCUCAAAGGGAACGUACUUAGACACGAUUCUCCCGAUGGAGAACCUCGGCAAGAAGAGGCCAGAGAUUGGACAAAGGAUUCGCCUCAGCGAGGGUGACAUUGCCCAGACCAACCUUCUGUACAAGUGUCACAGAUGCGGCAGGACUUUCCAAGAGAACAGCGGUAGUUUUGCAUCUCCAACACAUCCAAACAGUUCACCACCUCUGGAUGAUGAACGAUGCGAAUGGAGAAUUACUGCUACCCAUGGGGAGAGGAUUGUACUCAAUAUUACGUCGUUGGAUAUUUUUAAAAGUGACUACUGCAAGGUCGAUUACAUCGAGAUUAGGGAUGGCUAUUGGUACAAGAGUCCAGUACUAGGUCGUUUUUGCGGAAGUGGAAAGAUCCAUGAGCCAAUAGUAUCAACCGGAAGUCGUAUGCUGGUAACAUACGUUAAGACAAGCCAAGAGCGUGGUUAUCGUGGCUUCACAGCAAAUUACGAGGCUGUAUGUGGUGGAGACGUUGAGUUGGAUGGUAUUGGCCAUCUGGAAUCACCCAACUAUCCCGAGGAAUAUCAAUCAAGCAAAGAGUGUGUCUGGCGACUGACAGUUCCCGAUGAGUAUCAGGUGGCACUGAAGUUUCAAUCAUUUGAAAUUGAAAACCAUGACAAUUGUGUUUAUGACUAUGUCGAAGUCAGGGAUGGACACAAUGCCGAUUCGCCAUUGAUUGGCCUUUACUGCGGCUACAAAGCACCACCGGAUUUACGAUCAACUGGCAACAAGCUUUUUGUCAAGUUUGUUAGUGAUGGAUCGGUGCAGAAGGCGGGAUUCUCUGCUACUGUUAUGAAAGAGUACGACGAGUGUGCUUUAACUGAUCAUGGCUGUGCGCACGAUUGUAUAAACACCUUGGGGGGGUACGAAUGUUCAUGUAAAAUUGGAUAUGAGUUGCAUUCGGAUGGAAAACACUGCGAAGAUGCCUGUGGAGGAGUAUUCGAUGCCAGCAACGGCACCAUUACCAGUCCUUCGUUCCCAGAAACUUAUCCGGGGAAUAAAAAUUGUAUCUGGGAAAUCGUAGCACCAGCCCAGUAUCGAAUUACACUCAAUUUCACUCAUUUUGAUCUUGAGGGCAAUAAAGUUUAUCAUCAGGAGUGUGAAUACGAUUCUGUUGAGGUUUUUAGCAAACUGGGAGAUGAUAUUCUGAAGAAACAUGGAGUUUUUUGUGGAUCCAAAGUACCCACACCCAUUAUUUCAGAGGGGAAUGCUAUGAGAAUUAUUUUUACCUCCGAUAAAAACAUUCAAAAAUCAGGAUUUGCCGCUGUAUUUUUUACGGAUAUGGACGAAUGUGCAAUAAACAAUGGUGGAUGUCAACACGAGUGUCACAACACGAUCGGUUCCUACGAGUGCUCCUGUCAUAACGGUUUCAAGCUCCAUGAGAACGGCCACGAUUGUAAAGAGGGUGGGUGUAAGUACGAGAUAACGAGCUCAGUUGGAACCAUAACAUCACCGAAUUAUCCAGAUUACUAUCCAGCACGUAAGGACUGCGUUUGGCAUUUUAGAACGACCCCGGGCCACCGUAUAAAACUCAUUUUCAAAGUCUUCGAAAUGGAGCCCCAUCAAGAGUGCGCUUACGAUCACAUUGCCAUUUACGAUGGAGAUUCACCAGACAGUCACACGCUCGGAAGAUUCUGCGGUACUAAAGAGCCUCAUCCAAUGAUUGCCACUGGGAAUCAAAUGUUUAUGGUUUUCAAGAGUGAUGCAUCUGUACAGAGAAAAGGAUUUUUAGCUACUCAUACAACUGCUUGCGGAGGACACCUGAUGGCUGGGGACACUCCGAAGCACAUUUACUCUCAUGCUAGAUACGGUAGCCAUAACUACGACCAUCGAACGGACUGCGAUUGGACCAUUGAAGCUCCUCUCGGUAAAAAUGUCCACUUGACGUUCCUCUCCUUCCAACUCGAGUAUGAGGAGGAUUGUACUUAUGAUUUCGUCGAAGUUUACUCGGGUCUCGAUGCCUCCAGUCCGAGCUAUGGAAAAUUCUGUGAUUCAAAUAUCACAGACAUCGUGUCAAUGAAUGAAGCUCUGCUGAUUCGCUUCCGAACAGACGAUACAGUGUCGAACAAGGGUUUUUCAGCAGCAUUCGUAGCUGUUGAUCGUCAAGACAGUGAAGAGAACCUCGGUGGGAUUGACGAAGAGGAGAAUCUCUGAUCGUUGAAUGGGCUCGGGAAUUUCCUCGAGCCCCAGGAGAGAACAACACCUCCCCAGCGGCAGUUCGAACCACCCCCGAAUCGUCGGCCUAUUUUUCCCAGUUACCCAAUUGUCAAAAAGCCGCACAGGCUCGAUUUACCUGGGAGAUCUAGACGGGGAAGGUACAAUGGUGCAUCAGCCACUAUGAUUGGCGAUAAUCAUCGGCCUCGUUACAAGCGAAAACGAAAUCGCUCGUAUCUCAAAUAAUGACUAUUUCAAUCGGAUUCUCGUCGUGAUUGCAAGAUAAUAAUCAACAAUGAUCGUGCCAUGUAAUUUAAGUAGACGUAUAUUAGUGGAGACAUUUUAGAAGUUGUCGUGAUUUAUUAAUGGUGAUGAUUAACAUGAGACUAAAGUGAAGAAAGAAUUUUAAUCACUGCCUCAAGCGUGUCGGUCUCUCUAAAUUCUGUUCCAAUGACAAUUAAAACCCAUUUUCUCUGAUUUACAAGAAUUUUUAUGGAAAUGGAAAUUCACGAAAUACUCGAGGAUACCACGAAAUAUUAAUCAAUUGCACUUGUCACUAGAUCAGUAACAAAGGGAUGAAAUAAGAUAAGUUCACUUUAAAAUUUUUCGUAAUUAUCACCUUUAGGAAAAAAAAAUCUCAAAAGAUUUUUCGUUAGAAAUUGGAUGAAACUGGAUGAAAUUGGAUGAACAAAAAAGUUUUUUAAUGUCUUCACCAAAAAUCGAUGUGUCUCAAGAUUAAUUGAUAAUUUUUUAAAAUAAUAUUUAAAUAAUAAUUUCCACUCAUCUUAGUUUAUAGAAUUCCUCAUUAAGUUUACUAUAUUCUACUUCACUUACAACAUUAAUAGAUAGAAGUGCAGAGAAUAAGUUCAAGAAAUUUCUGGAAAUCGCUCUGAAAAUAUCUUCAAAUCAUGGACCUAAUCUCGUGUCCUCCACUGAUAGAUGCAAUCAAUAAAAUAAAAUCCGUGAACUUCGUCUCAACUUAAUUUCAAUUUCGACAAAUAUAAAGUGUUUCGUAGUACGUAAUUGUAAAUAGAUAGAUAAAAGAAAUGUAGAUUACUAGAUAUCUGUCAUCGUGAUGUUUUAUAAUGUUCGACGUUCGUAAUAAGAUUAACGAUAAAAAUAAAAGUUUGGAAUUACUUCAAAUACUUACGUAGAUUUAAUUGGCGCAUGUCUGUAGAGUAGAUGCCACUUGGGGCUAUUUCAGGAUAAUAAAAUCACGAAACAAAUGUAUACAAAUUAAAUGUUAAUUAAACAUCGGUCUUGUUGAGACCCCUCGUUGUCUCUAGUAACUAUUUUGUAGAAAAGACAAUAUACAAACAAAUGAUAAAAACUGGUUGAAAUUUUCUCAUUUUUAUUCAUUCCCAGUUGAUUACACAUAACUAUUUUUUUAUGUUAAAAAAAAAUUACGCACGAUCUAUUAUUAGUCUACGAUAUGAAGACGUUACUUUUACAGACUUAUCACAGGGUAAACACAGUCGUAACAACGACGAAUAGAUCAAUAAUUGGAUAAAUACCCAAGAAAAACCAUUUUCCAUUGUGAAAACGAAUUGAUUAUUAAUAUUUUCUCGUAAUCAUCCAGUUAUUAAUGAAAAAAGAAAUAGAAUAUCCGGAUAAAAAUUCUUUUUGUAAUGUUUUUCUCUUCUUGAUACGAUAUAGAUCUAAACAAAAUACAACAAUUCUUAGAUAUAAAUAUAAUCAAUAUACAUAUGCAUUGUAUAAUAUACGCUAUAUCAGUGGAUAUAAAAAGGAAUAAAAGUGCCAAGUUGUACCAGAAUAGAAAGUACGUUCCCAAGGCAGUGAAUCUGUACAAGUUCAUUCAGACAUUGAUUCAAUUCCCCGAGGGGAAUCGAAAAAUCUGGGACAAAGUCAUCAGCUCAGUGAUAGGACAAUUAAAAUCAAGCUCGAAGCCUCCUCAUUUGUUUGAUCGACUUUAUGUACAAUGUUUUUUUUUAUUUCAAAGGAAAAUUCAUUCAGAGGAAUCGGGCCAACUCAAUCCCCUGCCUUUUAAUGCUUCUAUAUACAAUAAAAGAUUUUUUAUGAAAAGAACUUUUAUGCAGAUAAAAGGUAAAGUAUAAAAGUCUUCAUUAGAAUGGAAAUUGCACAGGAUUUUGUAGAGAAAAAAGGAGAUGGAGAUCAAUGACGAUGAACGAUCGACGUAAUCAUUUUUUUGUUCUCAUUUUUCUGUUUGAAAUUCUUUCCUCGAAUUAUUUUUAGAGUCUCAUUAUUCUAUUCGAAUGAUAUUUCUUUCCCUUCGAAAUUCAUAAAAGCUAUUACACUCUUGUUUAUUCGAUGGGAAAAAUGGAGAGAUGAGUUUCAGAUAGAUUUUGAGAUUCUUCAACGCACACCUUCGUUCUUCAAAAAAUUACCCUGUGAAAUGAUUUCACAUACAUUAAUUACAUGCACUAUUUUUUCCUGACGUCUAUGAAAUUUUAUACAUAGAAAGUCAUUUAAUAAUUUCUCUUCAAAGAUCCAUGAUAUUCCGAAAAACUACAACGAAAAAAAUAACACCAUCAUUUUUUAACUCAUCCGCAACUCCCAAUGAUUCCUCUUGGAAACUCGCUGACUCCAGAUAAAUAUUCCCCUGAAUUUCGGUCACAUGAAAUAAUAAAACUCGAGAACGUGAGAGACUGAAA